GGAGUUGAACAGAAAGUUUCCCUCCGCUUUGCAAAGUCGCUGUCUGAGCAGAAUCGUCGGAAAGAAGAGGCCAGCUGCUCUGAUACUUCCCUAAAAAGCUACUUAAAUGAAAUGAGAGGACUUAUCCAUCCAAGGAUUUACAGCCUAGAAAAGAAGCAAAGAAGUUUUUUUUUCCUUUUCUCCCCCUACUCCCAGUAGAGCUGAUCAGAUCUCAGUUCUGGCAUGCGACUCAUCUCUCAGAAUACUAUGUCACAGUAUUCUACUAACUUUCUCUUGCUUCCCAUACCCGAGUAUCCUGUCUUAGACUGUGUGCCCAACAAAAUCAUCAAGCUUGUUGUACUUGGUGGCAGUAACGUUGGCAAGACAGCCCUGGUUGUGCGCUUUCUCACUAAAAGAUUUAUUGGAGACUAUGAGGCCAAUACUGGUGCCUUGUAUUCAAGAAAAUUCACCAUAGACGGAGAGCAGAUCUCCUUACAGGUGCAGGAUACACCCUUUGUCUCAUUGGAGGAUGAUAAUGACAGUAUUUGCUGCCAGGAGCAAAUAAACCGUUCAAUCUACUGGGCGGAUGGUUUUGUAUUCGUUUACUCCAUCACAGACUACGAUAGCUACCGGGUCAUCCGACCCCUGUACCAGCACAUUCGCAAGAUCCACCCCAACGCCAACAUCCCCCUGCUUCUGAUGGCCAACAAAGGAGACCUGCUGCGAGCCAGGCAGGUGUCCUCCAGAGAAGGGCUUCAACUGGCCAAUGAGCUGGGUGGCACUUACUGCGAAGUGUCAGCCCGGGAGAACUGUGAGGGGGUACAUGAGGCCUUCCAGCAACUUUGCCAGGAGGUGGGCAGGAUGAUUGGAAGCUGCAAUGGGGAAAAAAGGAGAGGGCUCCACCUCAUCCGGCCCAAGUCUCCAAACAUGCAAGACUUAAAGAGACGUUUGAAACAGGCACUGUCUUCCAAAGGGAAAUCUGCCACUACACUUUGACAUAGCUGACAGCUAGUUCAAAAAGCAAGCAAGCAAGCUGAUAUUUAUGUCUUUAUUUCCUCAAAAUUCAAUAGACACAUUGGUUUUUAAAGAUCUCAGUUAAACAUCCUCUGUUUCCUUCAGCAAAAGGACCUAUAGAAUGGAUAUUUCUGAGCAAGAAUUUGGAAACUGUGUUUAAAACAAUAACGUGUCAAAAGCUAUGCACUUUUUAAAAGGGGGACACCGUCAAGUAGUUUAUGCCUAAAAUUUAGGUUUUAUUAAUAAGAAAAGAUUUUUAAAAUCCUAGAGAAGUGAAGAGAAAUGUCUUGGGUUUUUGUUUUGGGAUGUAAAUAUUCCCAAACACAAACAUUAAGGAGCUAAAGCAUGAUAACAGGAGUAUGAAACUGACUAUAUACAGAAAGUGAAACUCCACUAGACUACUUUCCCUAUCCUGUGCUAGCUAAGUGAAAUUCAAAAAGCAAACAAAGAGAAAUGGUGAAAACUAAGUGAGAUUCAAAUUAGAUACUUUAAAUUAUGUUAUAAAGUUAUUAAUAACAAUGGGAACGAUUUUUUCAAAUAUGAUUUUUAUCAUUACAGUGCCUUUUUAAAGGGAGUGUAAAAAAAUUACAGUUCUCUGAUUUUUUUAUUUUUAUUAUUACAAGUAACACCUGGGUUGACUGUAACUGAAAGAUUGGAGGAAAAAGAUAUGUUUCUCUUUUUUUUUUUUUCAGGUUGUUUACUUUGACAGCACUCUUUAGUUAGUUUCACUACAGUCUGCUUCCCCCAUUUUUAUGUGGGUCUUCACAUGGCAACAGGAGAGAAAAAAACAUCAAAAAAGAUAGAGAAGUGUGAUUGGGCUGGCAGCAGCUCAUUGCGUUGUGUCUCGGCAUGCGCAUCUCGCAGUAUAACCUUCAUCACGUGAUUUUUUUAAAAUAGGAUCUUAGUUUUGUUAGCGUUGUUUGUAGAAAAAAAAGUUUAACUGUAUAAAUAAAGUUAAUUAACCCUCA